CGAAUACAUACAGGAUCAAAUUCCAUGAUCCCUGUUCCUUUUCGAAUCUUAAUAUCCCACAGUAAAAAAAAAAAUGAAACCUCAAGAAUAAAUCUGUAUUAAUACACGGUGGUGGUGGUGGGAUGAUGCAGGCGUGAUAUUGACACUCUGUUUUCCUUUCUAUGGGUGGACGCGGUUGUUAUAAGACACCUCGCAAACAUCUUCUGCUUUAAGUAAUCGAAAAUCAAAAUCAACAAAACAUUUCAAAUGUUUACCAAAAUCCCAAUUCCCAAUUUCAAACUCUGAUUCCCAAAUUCAUCCUUCCAUGGCAACAAAAUCAUCCACCACCACCACGACCACCACCACCACAAGAAAAGAAGGCCAUGGCCUCCUCCUUGGUCGGUUCGAGAUCGGAAAACUCCUUGGUCAUGGCAGUUUCGCUAAAGUCUACCUUGCUCGCAACGUCAAAACCAAUGAAUCCGUCGCCAUUAAAGUCAUCGACAAAGAGAAAAUCAUGAAAGGCGGUUUAAUCGCCCACAUCAAACGCGAGAUCUCCAUCCUCCGCCGUGUACGACAUCCAAACAUCGUUCAGCUGUUCGAGGUAAUGGCAACAAAGGGUAAGAUCUUCUUCGUUAUGGAAUACGUUAAAGGUGGUGAAUUGUUCAAUAAAGUCGCUAAAGGUCGAUUAAAAGAAGAAGUCGCCAGAAAGUAUUUCCAACAACUGAUUUCCGCAGUAGGGUUUUGUCAUGCUCGUGGUGUUUUCCAUCGAGAUUUAAAACCCGAAAACAUAUUAUUAGACGAAGAUGGUGAUUUGAAGGUCUCCGAUUUUGGUCUCAGUGCAAUCUCCGAACAAAUCAAAGGCGACGGUUUGUUCCAUACCUUUUGCGGUACUCCGGCGUAUGUCGCGCCGGAGGUAUUAGGCCGGAAAGGCUACGAAGCUGCAAAAGUCGACAUCUGGUCCUGUGGAAUCAUCUUAUUCGUGUUAAUGGCUGGUUACUUACCAUUUCAUGACCAGAACAUAAUGGUUAUGUAUAAGAAGAUUUACAAAGGAGAUUUCCGAUGUCCCAGAUGGUUCUCGCCGGAGCUAACAAGGUUACUCAGACGACUUCUCGACAUAAAUCCCGAAACCCGAAUCACAAUCCCCGAGAUUAUGGAAAACAAGUGGUUCAAAAAGGGGUUUCGGCAUAUUAAAUUCUAUUUCGACGACGAUAAGUUAUGUAGUGUGAAACACAGCGAAAUCGAAGACGACAUCGAUUAUUCUUCCGAUCAAUCUUCAUAUUCCGAAUCGGAAAGUGAAACCGAGACUAAACGGCGGCUCACAAGCUUGGCAAGACCUGCAAGUUUAAACGCUUUCGAUCUGAUUUCAUUCUCUCGUGGGUUUAGUUUGUCGGGUUUAUUCGAAGAUGGUGUGGAGGAAUCACGCUUUCUGACACGGGAACCAGUUUCCACCAUUAUUUUGAAGCUUGAAGAGAUUGCAAAACUAGUGAAGUUUACAGUGAGGAAGAAGGAUUGCAGGGUGAGUUUGGAAGGAUCUAGGGAAGGAGUUAAAGGUCCAUUAACGAUUGCAGUUGAGAUCUUCGAAUUAACGCCUCUAUUGAGUGUGGUUGAAGUUAAAAAGAAAGCUGGAGAUAAAGGAGAAUACGAUGAUUUUUGUAACAAAGAACUUAGGCCAAGAUUUCAGUCACUCACGGUGACUGGUCAUUCAGGCGAACCCUCAUCACAUUUGCCUUCUGAUAAUGAAUUAAUUAAGAAAGACGAUCAAACGGGUACUGUUUAAUUCCAUAUUCUUACACACUCUUUGUAAUGAUUUUGUUUGUAUGAUAUAUCCAAACUUGUUUAUCUUG